AUGGUUGGCAUAUCCGCGUUGCUGGGCUGCAUUGUCAGGGGUCUGAUGGGCCUCGCAGGUGACUGCGAACCUGCAAAGAGCCACAUCCUUUUUCUUCAUAUAAUCUCAUCCCCAACUGGCUCCUGGGAAUGGCUUUAUGCCCUUUAUGAAUCGCCUCAACGCCACAUUUGCUGCGUCGUUUAUGAUGGCUGUUCUCGACCCUGGCCAAAAAAGCAGCCACCUCUUGGUCAAGCGAAUCCGACUGUCGUGCUCACUCAGGCUUCUGCUGCACUAACAAUGAUGAUGGGGAUGAUGAUUAUGACGCCCAUCCAUGCCUGUCCGAAAGGGUUUCAAGUCGACACCAAACAUCAGACCUGGUACCAAGUGCUUCGACUCCGAUUGGCCGGCAUCCCCUCCACUCCCACUCCCAAGGCAGGCAGAGGGCAGCCUGGCAGCUCAGCUCUUCUUCACAGGCCUGGAGUGGACGGUCGACCCCACCCGACAAUGCGUGACCAUCCAAGCCUCGCCAGCUUGAAUGAGCCUCGGCAUGGUUGCUGCCCUUGCCGAGGCCCGGGCGGAUGGUUUAGAGUCUAG